GCGAUGGCCAACCUGGGGGACCUGCUAGGCAAGCUCCUCGCCCUGGUCGACCACCACGCCGCCGCCCCCUUCACCAGCCGCCUCCCUGGCAUGCUCGAGACGGCCUGCAGGGAUGGCCACCUCCUGACGCUGCUGCCCGUCGUGUGCGGCAUCCUGCGGCAGCUCUCGGCCAGUGGGGUGGAAGGUGAUGGCGAUGUGCAGACCGCUCUGAGCAUGCUCAAGGACAUCGGAGACCUGCCGAACAUCCGGCUGCAGCUGCAGUUCAACGUUGUCCGGCUCUUCAAGGAGCUCCAGCUCGACAUCGACAGCCUGCAGACCACAGGGCGGGUCAGCACCACGGCCAUGGCGGCGUCAGAAGUAAGGCACCACCACCCGCCCACAUGACGUGCCUCAUGGGUGUGUCGUGUCCCUUGUGUGUGUUUCGUGUGUGUGUCGUGUGUCCUAUCUAUUUGUGUGUGUCAGGUCCAAGAGCAAUCUUGAAGGCCGCGGCUGAGCUGAGGAGGGCAAGUGAAGACCCACACCACAGCACACUCACUACACCCACCGCUAUGCCGCCACCACGUGUGUGCUGCCUGCGUGCCUGUGAUCGGAGGGGAGGAGGGGUCACAACACAAUGAGCUGCUGCUGCUGCUGCUGAUCUGCCUACCAUCACCAUAUACCAUAUCAUCACACCACUACACUGACUGCACCCACUACUAUCUGACGAUGAGCGGGCGAGCGACAGAGAGCGAGGGGGUGCGGUGCAAUGGACUGGCUGACCGUCGGCGACAUGUCACGGGUGGUCUGCUGCGACUGACCAUCCCACCACAACACACACAACACACAACCUUUUGGUGCCACUGGGCGCCACCACGUGACUUGACUAUCGUGGCCCACAGCCAGAGAGGUAGAGAGACAGACAGGUCAUCGAUGGGUGUGUUUAUGGGGGGUUGUGUGUGUGGAUGGGUCGGUUGGCUGGGCUGCAAUUCACUCAUUACCUUUUUGUCGAUGGAUGCUUGCCGCCUAGGAUCUCCGAGUCGUGACAGCCACCGACACGGCCGUGGCUUCGAGGCGACAGAUUGCAUUGGCGAGGGUGGGUGUGGCGUUCAGUGUUUUGAUGGGUGGCAGAGUUGGCUGGUCCUUUUUUGUGGGUGUGUGGUUCUGUACAGAAGGUUCUGUAGACGUCAUGGAAUCUAGGGGCAUCUAGUGAGCGAUAGAUCCCAAGGUGCGAGCUGAAGGACGAGCUUACAGGAGGGAGCCGAAAGGCGAAGAAGAGGAGACGGCAGCAGCAGUAGUAGCAGCAGCAGCACCAGCAGCAGCAGCAACAGCGACGACCAUUGGCGCCUCUGGCAGCAAGAACCAGGAGCUGACGGCCGAGAGCCACCCGCACCGCCUCCUCCAGGACUUCUACGACGAGUGCAUCAGCAGGAAGGCCUCCGCCCCGGCCUUCUGCUGCCCUUUCAGCUGCUGUGGCAGCCCCGCGCUCGUUGAGAAGGCGCCGCUCGACAAUUUCAAGACCUUCCUAUUCGCCCUCAGCAACGCCCCGGGCUGCGCCACCUGCAAGGUACGUUCGUGUGCGCAGAGCAAAGAGCAGCAACUUGAAGGGAAUGAACUCGCCGUCUGGCAUCAUGUCUGUCUGUCUGUCUGUCAUGUGUUGGUUUGCUGUGUGUGCGUGUCGUGUUGCCUGGCUGCAGGGCAGGGAGGCUGCUCAUCUGGUGACGGAGGACAACAUCAGCCACCUGGCCUUCAUGGUGGUCGAGAGGGCGGCGACGGCCGAGAGGGACGAGGACCGCAGCACCCUCGCCACAUUCAUCGCCGCCAUCGACACCCUCCAGCCCGUCCCAUUCGCCACCCUCAAGAGCAGCCGCGUGGUGAUGGCCGCCAUCGACCACCUGUCCGCCUACGCCACCAGCAGCCCCACCGCCGAGGACUUGGCCUACAGGAAGGCCAUGGCCAACCUGGGGGACCUGCUAGGCAAGCUCCUCGCCCUGGUCGACCACCACGCCGCCGCCCCCUUCACCAGCCGCCUCCCUGGCAUGCUCGAGAGGGCCUGCAGGGACGGCCACCUCCUGACGCUGCUGCCCGUCGUGUGCGGCAUCCUGCGGCAGCUCUCGGCCAGUG